AUGCAGAGGUAUGCCUGGAAGGAGGAAAAAGGGGUGAGUGACCUCAGUGGUUCUACUGGGACUGUGGCUACUGCUGCCCUGGCUUCUGUGAUUGGUGUGGCUCUCCUUGAGGAUGGCAAUUACCUCAUGCUGGUUGCACUUGAAGGAACAGAUGCUGUUGGACACAAGGUUCUUCAUGAAGAGAAGCUGCCUAGGUGCCCUAUGGACCUUCCUGCCCUGGAUGCUCCAAGCAGCAGUGUCUGUUCUGCUGUUUUCAGCCAAGACAGACUGCCGUGUGCCUCCUUGCCUAUCACCCAGGGGGCUGAAGUGUAAGGCUGCUGCUAUGACCCUCAGGACAGGGUGAAGCCUUGUUACUUUGGUAACACAGUGACAGCUCAUUGCACAGCAGAUGGCCAGUUUUCCAUUGCUAUCUCUCAGGAUGUGACUCUGCCACCCAUUAUCCUGGACUCUGUGCAACUGGUCAGUGGGUGUAGUACUGGCUGUGUCCCUGUCAUGAUAAGUGCUGCCUUUGUUGUGUCCCAGUUCCCACUCUGCAUGUGUGGUCUAUCAUUCCAGGUGACUGAAAACCAGGCCAUAUAUAAGAAUGAGUUGGUGACAUUCAGGGAUGUGAAGACUGGGAGCCUUGGCUCUGUCACUAUGGAGAGCACUUUCAGGUUCCAUGUCUGCUGUAGUUACUCUGUCAUUGAGAGCUUCAUUCCCUUGAGUAUUCAGGUCUUCACAUUGCCACCACUCUCUGCUGUGUCCCAGCCAGGUCCUCUGUCCGUGGAGCUGCAUAUUGCCUCAGAUUCUAUGUAUCGUUCCUACUAUACUGACAGUGGCUAUCCUAUCCUGAAGACUCUGAGAGAUCCUGUUUAUGUGGAAGUCAAGAUCCUUCAGAGAGCAGAUCCUGAUUUGGUCCUGCACCACUGCUGGGCCACACCAAGUAUCAAUCCCCAGCAACAGGUGCAGUAGCCUGUUUUGACAGAUGGGUAAGCAACUUGGGACAAUUAUCUGACACAGCUGGUGCUUCUGAGCCUUGCCUCAGGACUGCUGUUCCCCUCUCAUUACCAAUGUUUCACCUUCUACACAUUCACCUUUGUGGAUGCCACUUCCCAAAAGAUACUCUCUGGGCUGCUUCACUCUGUACUGUUUGGUUAUAUGGCUGAACUGAAAGUAUGUUUGGUCACCGUAGAGUCCUGCAUGUGA